AGAGGUAAGUUUAAAUAAGUCACUCGGGCUUCGGGUUGGUGUUGCGGUAGCCACCUUAGGAUUAAUAGAGUCCUAUUUUACCUAGCAUAUUCCACCUGCAUAUUAGUUGAGCUAUCUUACUAUGUAAAAUACAGCUUUGUGAACCGUUUGAACUUAAAUGUGUAAUCCGAUUUCAGCAAAAUCAAAUCAUUUCUUUGUAUUCUAUACAUCAAAAUCAGAUCACCACUUUUUCUAAAAUAGGAAAAAGUGGUCUAGCUUCUCAUACACAUAGUGGCUUGAAAACUAGACUUUACUCUGUUUUGCCGCAGACUAAGAGAUCAUCUGAUUUUGAUGUACAGAACAAUAAGAAGUGAUGUUGGACCUGCUAGAUCUUUUUUCUUCUUACGUGAUUCGGACAACUUAGAGGAUAUAAAAGGCGACUAUAGUAGCCAAGAACGGACAAAAUAAUCACAGAAUACAGGUUUUAACAAUGAACCAUCGAUUCUUGGAACCUGUUACCCGAAGAAGUGUCCGCUCCUUCAAUUGACUCAUUCAAGAGAAGACUAGACACUCAAAAGUUUACUAGAAAAAGAUUAACAUAGACCGCAUGCUUUCCGUCCUAGUAACACAAAUCUAGAGCUAAACCAGUGAAGCUAUGAUGUGGCAAUCAAAAUAUUUGUGUUUGAACUAACACAGCUACAUUUCGUUUAGGUGGUUAGAUACUAUGACAUCAAGUUUUUACAUCGGUUUACAGUAGAAGUUUCACAAGCUAGAGUUAAUCCUUCCCUUAAAGCACUCAUACAAGCGCCUAGGAUUAUUCUCGCUUCCAAAACUCAAUAUGGUUCAAGUUUUGAAGAAUACGUAUGCCAGUUCAGCUGAGUUUAAAGUGCUGACGCUUGAGCACAAGUCAAUCUGCCAUCGACAGUUCGAAGUUGACGUGGAAACAGGUUGUAAAGUUGUUAUUUCGUCCUGAUAAGGUCUCAUGGCAUGCACAUCCUUCGUUUAAUAUACAAGAAAACAUCCACGACGCUACUUUCCCUACAUGCUUUUUUCCAGAAAACUAUUUAACUGUAUAUAUACUACUCUAGUCUCGUGUUACCAUAAAUUACACGUGACUUCAUUGCCAAUAAAACCGUCCGGCAAAUGACGAAUACGUUUGGUGGUCAUUCAUUUGUUUUUAAUACAUAUUGUCAAUACAAAACUGAUUAACCACUAGGAAGGAUUUGGGGAUGGAAAUUCAAACUGCCUAUAUUGAUGGAUUAUCUCAAAUACUUGAGUUUUAUAUUAAGCAUCGAAGUCCAGUGUGAAAUUAUCAGGAGUAGGGUGUUAAGUACGAUCUAUGUCUUCAGGCAGUUCAGAAGUUUCGAUAACCUCUCAUCCUUAAAUACAACAGAACUUCGCUAGUAUUCUCAGUAUUUAACCACCUGAAUAUCUUAUAAAUGUUUACUAGUAAAUCUAAUGUUUUUUGUAUCUAGUAAAGGAUCUUAUGUUGUGCUCUUUUCUUAUACUGGGUUCUUUUAUCAUCUAAGUUAACUGUCAUUAAUAAUUCUGUUCACAUUUCCAUAAGCCUUUCUCAUGACAUCCAAAUUUUUAGUCAGGAACCGGGUUUUACACGACAUGGUUCGUCUCCUGGAAAAUAUUAUCUUUAUCACAGAACAUGAAGGUGUAACAAAAAGUCUUGUCACUUUUGUUGAACAGUUUAAAAAUUCCAGUAUUAUCAUACAGCUGGAUCCUGUUAAACUCAUGGAGGAACAGUUUAUUGCAGGAUUUUGUCGACGAGGAGCUGUUACAGUUCUGCCUAUAAAACCAUUGUCGGAGUUUGGUCUUUCUAUUCAAAAGUCUAUUUUAACCCUGGACAUGUCUCCAGUUGUGUACUCUGGUUUUGGAUUAUCCGCUAAAAAAGUUAAACAAGAAAAGAAGAAAGUUUUCUAUCGAUUUCAAGUCGAUUUAAAAAGUCCACAGUUUCAGCGAAAUGGACCAGUACAUACACGUCUUCGAUCAUUUUUCAAGGCUUUCACUAACCCCCUAGAAUUGGGCACUCGUAUCCCUCGAUGCCUUGGAAAUCUUGGUCCUUUCUUUGUUGAUUGGUUACCAGAUUCCUCAGUCACACAAAUAAAUGAAUUCCCUAAAAGUGAAUCCAUUGCUUCAUAUUUAAAUGACAAAGAACAUCUCGUGAUCCGACCACAAUGUGAGGUGUUUAACUACAUUGGAUCACCUAUACUAAUACCAGAACUAAUUUCAUGGAACAAACUUCCUCUAAAACAAGAAAAUUCAUGCACAUGCACAGAAAUAGACAAAACGUCAGAUUUUUUAAAUAUUGUAAAUAUUCGCUUAGGAUUAACAGUUUUAUCUUAUUUAGCAGCUGGAAUUUCAUUUCCUGAUUCAGCUAUUUCAAAUCGUGUUCCAAGUGAUAAUCCAUGCUUAACAAAUGCAAGUCUGUCACCAAUUUAUGCACAAACUAUAGAUGAAAUUCUGUUACCUGUCUAUAAGCUGGAAAAACUGAACAUUAUAUGUCUAUCAGGUUUAUUUCCGGAUUGUUGUUACGAUGAACUGGAGGAUAAAAUAAAAUCAAUGUUAGCAGAAAGUCAACACGGGAAUGAAUUAGUUUACAUGUGCAGAUGUCCACUAAAAGUUACCACCGAUUCAGUACAAUCGUUGAAACAGUCUGUUAAUCACUUAGGAACUCUAUUUUUAACUGGUAGAAAACCUGUUUCAGAUUCACAAGGACUACCACUUAUUAAAAUUCGAUUUUAACAUUUUAUUUUUCCAUUUGCAUGUACAUUUUUGCCGUUAUUGGUAAUAUACAUUCUUGAAUUAUA